UUGAGGGUAGAAGCUGUACUACCUCCCACAGCCCCAGAAUGCCACUGCCAUUGGUCGGGGUCUAACACCACUGGCUCUGCAUUCUAAGUAACUCUAUCCCAUUUGAAAGACUGGAAGCUAAAAGAAAAGGAAGCAAAAUGCAGACCUUUGUAAAUAUUUUUCUGGGAUUUUUUAUCUUUGAGCCUGUUGGAGCUGCAUCUAUCACUGAUACUGUAAUUUAUGAUUCUGAGUUCUAUGAUAUAUCGCUUGGAGAGCUGCCUCGCCCAUUUGUCUAUGAUGAAAAUGAGCAGUCUGACCAAUUAGAGACAGAGAUUUGGACAGCACUACCUUCUAUAAUUCAAGAGAGUUAUUCUUCUGCACCAUUGACAGAAGAACUUGAGGAGGAAGCAUCAACGCCAAAAUUAAUUGAUGGGUUUUCAGCACAGGGGUCUGGGGUUCUUGGGCCCCAAACUCAAGACGGUCUUCCCACUUGCCUUUUGUGUACAUGCCUAGGGACCACAGUCUACUGUGAUGACCAUGAGCUUGAUGCUGUUCCACCGUUGCCUAAAAGAACAACGUAUUUCUACUCACGCUACAACAGAAUCAGGAAGAUCAAGAGAGAUGACUUUGCUAACUUAAACGAUUUAAGGAGGAUUGAUUUGACUGCAAACUUUAUAUCAGAGAUCCAUGAUGAUGCCUUCCAGAGAUUGCCUCAACUUAAGGAGCUGGUCCUCCGUGACAAUAGGAUAAGGAAACUCCCUGAGUUACCAUCUACCUUAACAUUCAUCGAUGUCAGUAAGAACAGGCUUGGUCGUAAAGGAAUACGUAAUGAGGCAUUUAAAGAUCUGCAUGAACUGCAGCAUCUUUACAUCACUGACAAUAACUUGGAUCACAUUCCAUUGCCACUCCCUGAAAGUCUGCAAGCUCUUCAUCUUCAGAACAAUAACAUUCGAGAGAUGCAUGAAGACACAUUCUGCAAAAUGAAAGAUUUUACUUACGUACGUAGGGCUCUUGAAGACAUCAGACUGGAUGGUAAUCCCAUCAACCUGAGCAAAACACCUUAUGCAUACAUGUGUCUACCCCGUUUGCCAGUUGGUAACCUCAUCUAAGCUUUGACAGAAGCCAAUACUGUCCUACGCUGUGAGAAUCCUGAAAGACAAAAUAUUAACUUGCUGCUACACUAAGCAAGAUGCAUUUUUUUCAAAUCUCAUUAAUUUUGGAAAUAUUUCUAUUAUAAUGAAAUCAAUUAUUGAGAUAUAAAGAAUAAUAUGAAAUGCUAAAAGACAGCUCCAUUAUCUACCCAACUGUAAGUUGUAUAGCAAUAUCAAGAAAAAUAUUUUACUAUAAACACUGUAUUGAAAGCCAUAAGUUCAAUGUAAAUGCAAAAUUUUCUACGAAAUUAUUCAGAUCAAAAGUAUGAAUUCUAAAGUUC